GCACUAUCAGACCCGAUGGUCUGAUAGUGCCGGGCCGCUUCGGGCCGGGCCACAUCGAGGUAGGGCCGGGCGGACCAUUUGGAAAUCUAUAACAGAAGCAAUAAGAAAAACUAGUUUAUUUCACAUGGCGCUAACCACACAUUCUUUGAGCCCAUAUAGAGGUCCACUUCUUUUAACUUCUCGUUGGAAAUUUUUCCGUGGGCUGAAAACAUAACUGUCCUGGACAACGGCCCGUGAAAUCUGAGCUGAAACCGAUCAUCGUUCACCUUCACCCUCUCUGAAUAAAAAAGAAAAAACACACAAAAAAAAAAAGAAAAACGAUGCGUCGUUCCGGUUCCCCGAAACAUUCACACCGGAUCUCGCGCUCUUGGAUGCCUCAGAGUUGCAGUUUACCUCCCAUCCAGAGAUGUGUGCUACCGUGCCAUCUCACCGCUUUCACAAGGCCCAAAGCGAUCAAAUGAAAUCGAACCCUGCACACUCACCCUGACCACAAGUGCAGUGCAGUUACCCAAGCAAGCAAGCGCACGUUCAGGCGAAGCGUCGGCCCAGUUGCCACCACUCCUCAAAACCUCACGCGCGGCCGCCCAAAGCCACAGAGAAACCGCCGCCCUCUGGGGAUCGCGGUGCGUUGCCACCACGCCUCUCCUGGUACCCGCACGGAAACCGGCAGCCAGCGCCGUGCCCAUGGACAUGCCGCCGGCGACGCAGGGACGGCGCGCGAGCACCGUGGUGGAGCGGAAGCUCGACGAGCUCUGCGCCUGCCUCGAGGGCGCGCUGUCGUCCAGGCCGCGGCGGCGGGGCCCCGACGCGGCGGGGCGGCUCGUCGCGGAGAUUAAGGCGAAGACCGACUUCCUCCGGUCGCUCCUGGCCGCCGAGGCCGAGUGCCACGGCGGCGCGCGCCCGGAGCACCUGGCCGAGGCCAAGGCGCGUUUCGCCGUCCUCAAGGCCACGUUCGACCAGUGGGCGCGCAGCGCAGUGGCUGCGCCUGAACCAGAGGAGGAGAAGGAGAAGAUGGUGGUGGGACAGCCUGAGAAGGAGGCCGAUUCCUCCGGUUCCUCGGGGUCCACGUGCUCGUGCACUGACUCGUGCCAGGAGGCGGUUGCCGGCGAUGACGUUGAAGCACGCGAGGCGGCGACGGCGGCUGCCAUUGCCAGCAAGGGCCACGACGCCGGGCGCGAGGACGACGCGCCCGCACGCGGGGAGGCGGCGCCCGGUGCCGCCGCCAUGAAGCGCGAGGCCAUGGGAACACGCGACGAUGUGAAGCCGAAGGACGCCGCUGGCAAGAAGCGCGAGGCCGCGGAGGAAAUGAGGAGGAGGACCGUGCAGCGGCGCUGGUGGAGGCGCGGCGCCGCUUGGUGCGGUGCUGCCGGCGUGGUCGCGGUCGUCGCCGUCGGCUUGGCGGUGGAGCUGGCCGCGGAGGCUCAUCACAAUGUAAAUGUUUACGUUGUGCCGACGUAGGGGUAGGGUACUACCAGGUCACGGAAGCUUCAUUCGUGCCGUUUGUUCUUUUGCCUACUACUGGUAAUUUGUCACGAAACUUGCUUGGAUGGGCUAGCUGGAUGUAUCACAUUAUGGUUUUGUUCAUAUCGACAUUGAGCAUCCG